AUGGCAUUUCGAAGCAUGGUCACGGGAGCAGAAUGCUCCACUAGUUCAAACCCAUUAUCUCAAAUCGUAAAGCAAGCUAACGGCGAUCUAUCUCUCAUAAAGGACUCAUACAUCCACAGCACAAGCAGGGCAGGAAGUAGCUCGGUUAGUGUCAAAUCAAAUAUUUCACAUGAAUGUAUAUAUGUAUAUGCCACUUUCGGAGAUUUAACAACCAAUCUUUUUGAAAUAAAGUUUCGCACAGCAAAACCCGAUACGAAUAUACAAGAUGACAAGUUUGCCCAACAGUUCUUUGACCAAAGAGAUUACCCUCCUCUACCGAGUGCCAUGCCGCACAUCCCUAAUAUCGUAGAUCCUAGAGCAAAUGAUUGGAUUUCGGAUUUCGGAAACUUUCGCCAUGACCCAAAUCUGUGGUCAUUGGAGGCAGCCGAAGAAGCAGAAAUGGAGCUUGCUUUUAAAAGAAUGAAUACUCAUGAUAAUUGGAACACCGAAUUUUUGCAAAACCCUGGUAUUUCUAUAACCCCUUUUAUGGAAAUGCCUCCAGAGUUUGAAGAGGCGUUUGAAAAAAAUUUUAAUAUUACCAAUGAUAAGGGAAAGGGGAAAGAAAAAAUUUUUGAGAUUGAUUCUCAAAGUUGGGAAGAACAAUUUAAGGCAGUAUUACGUGAAGCAGAUGAUGCACAAAAAACAACCGAUGAUGACGCAGAAGAUAAGGGAUAUUUUUAUGAAUUCGAAAAAAUUUGGGCAUCAAAAAAUAAUAUCAACGACUUAACAAAUAUUUCAUGGGAAGAGGGUUUUUACAAGUACCUCAAUGAAGGUCGAGAUUUAUCAUUUGAGGAGUAUGAAUUCGAGGAGUAUGAAUUCGAAUCGAAUAAUAUCUUUCUUGAUCAUCCGGACCCUCUGCAUGAAGGUUUAAAAUUAAUGGAAAAUGGUGGCUCAUUAUCCGAAGCAGCUUUGGCAUUUGAGAUGGCGGUUCAGAAGGACAACAAUGAUUCUGAUGCAUGGAUGUUAUUGGGAAAUACCCAAGCUCAAAAUGAAAAGGAAGAAGCCGCAAUCAAGGCUUUAGAGAAGUCCGUUGAAUUAAACGGUUCGAAUCUACCUGCUCUAAUGAGCCUUGCAGUCAGCUAUACUAACGAUAGGCGCGACUACGAAGCAUGUCUUACUCUCGAAAGGUGGCUCGCCAUAAAGUACCCCGAUGUGGUAACCGCUGCCGUACCGAUGGACAGGACCGUGGACACUCAUACACGAGUCACAGAUCUCUUUCUGCAAGCCGCUCGAAGUGCACCAGAAGGGCAAGAGAUGGAUCCGGACGUUCAAGUUGGGUUGGGCGUUCUCUAUUAUAGUGGCGGAGAGCACGAAAAAGCAAUUGAUUGUUUCUUGUCCGCACUAAACGUUCGAAAAGAUGAUUACCAAUUGUGGAAUCGCUUAGGUGCCACACUAGCCAAUUCCGGUCGUUCUGAAGAUGCCAUCGAGGCUUACUAUAAAGCCCUGGAGUUGAAACCCACGUAUGUUCGCGCACGUUUCAAUUUAGGGGUUAGCUGUUUAAAUAUUAAGUGUUAUCGAGAGGCGGCCGAACAUCUACUCGGCGCGCUAAGUAUGCAUCAUGUGGGUACGAACAGUGAUGGAAUGAAAAACGCCAGUGUUAGUCUCCGAGAAAUCUUGGCGAAAGCAUUUCAACUAAUGGGACGAGAUGAUUUAUGUGAGAAACUUAAAAAUGGUGCUGAUGCUGAACAAUUUCGAGAUGAAUUUGAAUUUUAG